UCGGCCUGAAUCUGUUCCAUCUUCGGCUUCUUCACAGAGUUCAUCAUCGCUGAUGAGGCGGGGUACACGGCGCCGUUAGCUUUACAACUCGCCCCACUCAUAAUAUGACCUGAGUUCUGCGUGUGAGACGACAACACAUGAAAUAACAGGCGCAUCUGAGCCGGUAACGACUGCGUGGACAAGAUGGCGGAGAUCGUUCAGCAGCGGAUAGAGGACCGAAUCCCUGAGCUGGAGCAGCUGGAGAGAGUGGGACUGUUCACCAAGAAGGAAGUCAGAUCCAUAAUUAAGAGAGCGACCGCCCUGGAAUACAAGCUCCACAGGUUGAUUGUGAACAAAGAGGACUUUGUUGCAUACGUUCAGUAUGAAAUCAACAUUUUGGAGCUGAUCAAGAAGAGGAGAGUGCACAUACAUUACCACUUCAAAAUCGAGGAGAUUGAGUUCCCCAUCAUCCACAGAAUAAACAGCGUCUUCAGAAGAGCGACAAAAAAGUGGAAGGAUGAUGUGCAGCUGUGGCUCUCACAUGUUGCUUUCUGUAAGAAAUGGGCCACCAAAGGCCAGAUCAGCAAGGUGUUCUCAGCCAUGCUUGCUAUACAUCCUGACAAGCCAGCCCUGUGGAUCAUGGCUGCCAAGAGUGAGCUGGAGGAUAGAAGUUCCUCUGAAAGUGCCCGACACUUGUUUCUGAGGGCGCUGCGCUUCCACCCAAACAACAAGAAAGUCUACCAGGAGUACUUCCGUAUGGAGCUGCUGCAUUGUGAGAAGCUGAGGAAGCAGAAGGCAGAGCUGGAGAAGGCUGAGAUGGACCUGGGUGAAUAUGAGUUUUCUCUAGAGAUCCUGAGUGCUAAACUGGCCGAGGUUGUGUACAAAGACGCUACAGGCAAAAUCAAAGAAGCAGAGUUCGUCAUCUCGCUCUUGAACAUAGCAGCUAUCUUUGACUUCACCAAAGAACUCCAGGACCUCAUCCUGCAAGACUUACAGGCCAACUACACAGAAGACAGCCUGACGUGGGAUUUCAUGGCUAAGAGGGAGCUGGAGGCUCCAUCGGCAGGGGAGGAGCUGCAGACAGCCAAAGGCCGGGCCUCCGAUAUCAACCGGCGAGAGGAGCGCUGCUGCCAGGUCUACGAGGAGGGAGUCAAGAGCCUUAACACGGAGCCCAUGUGGACUUGCUAUGCGGGCUUCUGCUUGGAGAGGCUGAAGAGGAAGACUAACGUCCAAGAGCUGAAGGAAAAGAGGCAGGAGAGGCUGCUGGGAGUGCUGCAACGCGCCCACGACUCCUCUCUGCUGAGGGAGGAUUAUUAUAAGAACUGGUUGCAGAUCCUGCUCUCAUCCGGGGAUGCUGAGGGAGCGGCCAGCGUUGCCAUGGUUGCCACGCAGCGCUACAGCCAGUCGGUGUCAAUGUGGAGCCUGAGUCUGCAAACGCUCAUGCAGCUGGGGAGCGGAGAAGUGGGCAGGCUAUUCCAGGAGGCUCUCAUGCACAUCAAUCCCAAGGAGAGUCUUCCACUUUGGCAGCUGCAGGUCCAGUGGAGCGUCGCCAACCAGAGUCCUGACGAGACCGAAGCUGUCUUCAAGAGAGGCCUGCUGUCUGCAGUCCCGGCUGUUGCCAUGGAGAUGAAAGAGAGCUACCUGGACUGGUCGUACUCCGCCGGAGGCUACAAGAAAGCUAGGAAGACCUUUACAAGCUUACAGGAAAACCGUCCCCUGUCCAAGGCCUUUUUCAACACCAUGAUUGAGAUCGAGAAGCAGCAAGAGACUCCAAAGAUGAACUAUUUGAGAGACUACUAUGAAAGGGCCCUGCAGGAGUUCGGCACAUCCGAUGACGAUCUGUGGCUGCAGUACAUCCGGGAGGAGCUGGGACCCCUCGGACAGCCGGAGAACUGCGGCAAGAUCCACUGGAGAGCCAUGAAGUUCCUGGAGGGGGAGAGUGUGGAGAGGUUCACCUCCAAAUAUACUCUCCUGCAAACCGGACACUUAUGAGUAGACCGAGUCGCUUCAGUUAAAGGCCUUUCAGUUCAACCAGUGUGUUCGGCGACUGUGGAGACGCUUGUCAGCUGAAGAAGCAGCACGAUUUCGGAGAAGUUGCUCCUCUUGCUGCCGUGUCCAUCCAUGAAUUGUUUCAAUGCCUUCAACUUAGAAAGCUGGUGUUGUUUGCUUCCCAGCAGGAGAAAAGGCCCGUCGAUUCUUCUUCAGACAGUUCCAAUGUCCUUGAGGAGAAAUGUUUCUGGCGACUGUUUACAACCUGUACCUACUAAACUCUUUCAUUUAUAGUGGUUUGUGCUGCGUUGCUUAUGUUGGGAGACAUUCAGUAUUCUAAGUCUUGUCCAGUUCACACAUUUAUUUGGCUUUUAUUUGAGAAAAGACAAACUUUGAUGCGGUUAAACUGAUAUUAAAACAGUCUUUCAGG